AUGGCCCAAGUUAUCCUUAUAACCGGCGCAACCGGUAAACAAGGCGGAAGUGUGGUUGACGCCUUGCUCAAAGCAGGGGCAGACGUUGAAAUACUUGCUGUCACUCGAGAUAGGUCCUCCAAAGGAGCCCAGAAACUCCAGGCGAAAUCUCCCACGAUCCAUUUGGUUGAAGGAGAUUUGGAUGAUCCCGAAACCAUCUUUGCAAAUGCUCAUAAGGUCUCUUCUCGGCCCAUCUGGGGAGUCUUCAGUGUUCAGGCUCCUGUUCCAGGUGGAUCUCACCAAGAUGCCGAAGAAAAACAAGGCAAAGGUCUUGUUGAUGCUGCCCUCAAGCACAAUAUCAAGCAUUUCGUAUACACCUCGGUAGAUCGUGGCGGAGAGGCAUCAAUCAACAACCCCACGCCCAUUCCUCAUUUUAUCAGCAAGCACCGCAUUGAACAACAUUUAAUUGAAGUGACGAAAGGUACCGAAAUGUCCUGGACAAUUCUUCGGCCAGUCGCAUUUCUCGAGAAUUUUACCCCGGAUUUUCUCGGCAAAGUCUUCGCUACUUGCUGGACGGUCGCUCUCAAACAAAAGCCACUACAGGUCAUUUCAGUGAAUGACAUCGGCUUCUUUGGCGGACAGGCCUUCAUGUUUCCAGACCGAUAUAAGAACCAAUGUCUUUCCUUGGCUGGUGAUGAGCUCACUUUUGACGAAAUGAGUAAGAUCUUCGAAGAAAAGACUGGCAAAAAGGUCCCUUUGACUUUUGGAUUUGUGGCUCGACUCUUGAUGUGGAUGAUGAAAGACCUUGGCUACAUGUUCCAGUGGUUCUACGACACUGGAUAUGGCGCGAAUAUUUCAGAAUUGAAAAAGAUGAACCCGGCUUUGAAGAACUUUCCAACUUGGCUCGAGGAGGACAGCGGCUUCAGAACACAGAAAUAG